UCCAUUCUGACAUCCGGUGUGAACUGCCACCUGUCGCAACUGGAUCCAGACUCUAUCUGUACUUGUAGACAACUGGAGUUGCAUAAUUUUCUACUCUACUUACUUAUUGUUUGUGGCUCUAUUGUGUGACAUUUUGUAUGGAAAAAAUAACAUUUAAUUUGAAAAACAUCUGAAACAAGCACAUGUGUGUGUCUGUCUGUGUGUGCGUGGGUGUGGGUGUACAUUAGCCUGCCCUCUUCCUCCUCUGAGACAGCAGAUUGGCUCUCUAAGAGGAGACUCCUCUCUACAAACCCAAUGCUGCUGUGUGAGUGGAGGGGCAGGCAAAACCAACAAACCACCUGCAAACUAACCAGAACUGGUUCUAAGCUGUGAAGUGUGGCUCCUCACUUUUCCACAAGAGCUCAAGAGUUAAGUGCUCACCAGGAUUGAGUCUCAAAAACCAGUCCUGACGGUCCCAAACUAAAAGAUACAAAGUGACACCAUACACUGAUGAGUCUUUGCACUGCAGGGACUUUAUGCAAAUGUAAACACUGGCCUGGAGAAGAAUUUUUUUUAUCUUGCUUUUUCAUUAGACAUUUGACAUGUGGACAUUGUAUUAGCCGGAGAAUACAACAAUAAUCACCAUGAUUUGUAUUGUAUAUUUCCAUAUACUGUACAGUCUCAUACAAAUGGGAAACUACCUUGAUAACCACCUGCUCAAAAGCCAUUUGAGUAUUUUCUAGUUUUGAAAGCUUCAGAAGUUUUAAACUGAGUUUUACUGCUAUUUGUAGAAGUUAACUAAAAAUAUACAAUAUAACACACAUUGUUUUCCAUUUAUUAUAAGAUGAUAUUCCAUUGUGUCCCUUUUAGCCCUGAAGUCAAGGGCAUAGUUGGCAAUAAGGGGAGGCACACCGCCCCGUGGCCAACAGGUCAAAGACCUGUUUGUUUUAAAUCUUCAGCCAAACCUCACAGCCAGGUUCAGUCCCUCCGACUCACUCGGUGCAGGCUUCUCGGGAACCAGGACACCUGGCAUGAUGCAGCGGGCUUUGUUCAGCCGGAGCGUGCUGUUCGCCCAGCAGGCAGCGGCCCUCGACAGUCCGCUGGCCGCGAGGAGCGCGCCCCUGCUGCAGCGACUGGACCGAUCCAUGUCCUCCGUCACCAUCCCGCCGCCUGCAUGCAUGCUGCGGCCACUGGAGGCUCCACUGCGUUACCUGUUCGGACCAGGACCCUCAAACGUUCCUCCACGUAUCUUAGCUGCAGGGUCCAGGCCGAUUAUUGGUCACCUGCAUUCAGAAAUGUAUGAGAUAAUGAAUGACAUCAAACGAGGGAUCCAGUACGCCUUUCAGACAGAGAACAACAUGACUUUGGCAAUGAGCGGCUCUGGGCACGCGGCCAUGGAGUGUGCUGUGUUCAAUACGGUGGAGCCCGGAGAGAGCGUGCUCGUUGCCAUCAACGGAAUCUGGGGAGAGCGCGUUGCCGAAAUUGCAGAAAGAAUGGGUGCCAAUGUACAUAGAAUGGUAAAAACACCUGGAGGAUAUUUCAGCAAUAAGGAAAUUGAGCAGGCCAUAGAGAAACACAAGCCUGUCCUGUUUUUCCUCACACAUGGAGAGUCCUCUGCUGGUCUCUGUCACCCAGUAGAUGGCAUUGGAGACAUCUGCCAAAAGCAUAACUGCCUCUUCCUGGUUGACACAGUUGCAUCUCUUGGCGCAACACCAAUUUUUAUGGACAAGCAAAACAUUGACAUCCUGUACACUGGUUCUCAGAAGGCUCUGAAUGCCCCUCCUGGCACAGCACCAAUCUCCUUUAAUGAGAGAGCAUGCCACAAGAUGUUUAACAGGAAAACAAAACCAGUAUCCUACCUCUUUGACAUGACACAUUUGUCCAACUACUGGGGUUGUGAUGGCAAACCGGCCAGAAUAUACCACCACACUGGUCCAGUCUCUGGAUUCUUCGCCCUGAGAGAGAGUCUGGCAAUUCUUGCUGAGAGGGGGCUGGAGGAGUCCUGGAAGAAACACAAGGAGGUGGCAGCGUACCUGUACAGAGGACUGGAGGACUUGGGUCUCAAGCUCUUCAUCCCUGAACGGGACUUGAGGCUUCCCUCUGUCACCACCAUUGCCAUCCCUGAUGGCUAUGACUGGAGGGAGAUGCUGGCCUACAUGAUGAAACACCACCAGAUAGAGAUGACUGGAGGCCUUGGCCCUUCCAUCGGCUUGGUGAUGAGGAUCGGAUUGAUGGGAUACAACUGCGAGAAGACUAAUGCUGACAUGGCGCUGCAUGCCUUGGCAGACGCUCUCAAGAACUGCAAAAAGAGCAAGGCUUAAGAGACCGGCGCAUGCAUUUUAGGAUUUUUUCCAUGCUUUUGACAGCAGAGAUUUUAUAAAACACAGGGCAUGUGCCUCUUGUUUAAGUAUGCAAGUUUUCAAAUA